ACUCUAGUCCCACUCGCACUAGUCUGAUAGAGAGCCGUCGGGAGCGACCGUGUGAAGCGAAAAGGGGGGGGAAAGAAAACAAGAAAAAAAAAAAAAAAGGGGGGGGGGUCGUUUGAAUAGUUUUCCGUCCUUGUUGUUGUUGUUGUGGUGGUGGGGGGGAGAAGGAAAGGAAAUUGCCCUCGCCGUCGUUGAACGCCCGAGGGGGGGAGGAGAGCAAAAUAUUAUUACACGGAUUAAGGAUUCAGUCAAGGGUAGACUGGAAGAGGCUGAGCUCUUCUCAUAGAAGCAGGCAUAACAUGAACUGAGGAGACUCCGGACAGACUCUCGUUCCUUCUUUUUCGAUCGCAACAAGAAAAGAAAGAAGGGGAAAUAACGUAGAGCCAGGAAGAGGAGGAGGAGGAGGAAGAAUUCGUGUCUGACGCCCGAACUCCCAUCCCCACCCCGCCUACCCCCACCCUCCCCGCCACACACAACUGCAGGAAAAUGGGGAGGAAAAAGAUUCAAAUCCAGCGCAUCACGGAUGAACGAAACAGACAGGUGACGUUCACGAAGCGGAAGUUUGGGCUGAUGAAGAAGGCCUACGAGCUGAGCGUGCUGUGUGACUGCGAGAUCGCCCUCAUCAUCUUCAACCACUCCAACAAGCUCUUCCAGUACGCCAGCACAGACAUGGACAAGGUGCUGCUGAAAUACACAGAGUACAACGAGCCACACGAGAGCAGGACCAACGCUGACAUCAUCGAGACGUUAAGAAAGAAAGGUUUUAACGGUUGCGACAGUCCAGAGCCGGACGGGGACGAUUCCAUCGACCAGAGCCCUCUAAACGACGAGAAAUACCGCAAAACCAACGAGGACCUGGACAUUUUAUUCAAGAGAUAUGGAGUUUUAAACAAGAAGGAGCGUCGGGAUUGCGAGAGCCCGGAUCUGGAAGAGGCGUUCUCUCUCACCCCCGGCACCCAGGAGAAGUAUCAAAAAAUUGACGAGGAGUUUGAUAAAAUGAUGCAGAGUUAUAGAUUGGCUGUGAGUACCCGAGGCAUGAGCUUUCAGCACUGCUAAAGCAGCCAGCCAGCCUAACUCAAGCCAGCGCACGCACACGCACACGCACACGCGUGAGUCUUUACAGUGUCUAUGAGGAAUUUGCAUUGACUGCCAUGUGGUGUAGAUUUGUUCUAAACACAGGGCAAGGAUCUCCUCAGUAAUGAAAGUUGGGAUAAAUGCAACCUUUUAAAAUGAUUGAUUAUGUUAAAUAUGUAUAUAAAUAAUUAGGGAUUUUAAUCCAGACGUUUUCCAUUGAUCUAUUUAAUCAUCUGCUGUCUACGAUCGAUCGAUCGCACCUGUUUGCUGGCGAUAUCAAAUCGUAUUCACAAACGAUGCCAAAGUUACACACGGUAUUCACACAAUGCAAGGGUUUCAUAGUGCCAGCUGGUGUGUGACACGUUCACUUGGGGUCUAGUUUGACAUUGUUUAAUAACUAGGCAACUGGAAGUUAGCCAAAGCGAGUCGUUUUUAAAAACAUGAAGUUUUGUUCUUAAUCGCUCUCUCUCUUCCAGUUAUUUAAUUUUCAUGCUCUGUUUUUUCGAUGCCGCACUAAGGCAGACGAGAUUAAUCGAUCAGUCAUUUAAUCAAUCAAAGCCCACAAGUGUGAUUUAAUCAGCUAAUCAUGAAUCGAUUUAAAACCCUAAUUUAGAUAGAUAGGUAGGUAGGUAGAUAUUUUAUUUUUUAUUUGUUAAUAUCCUUUAUUUCAAUCAAUCAAUAUUAACAGUACAAAAUAAAUAAAUAGCACAGAUGUCCAUGCAAAACUCUCUAUUACAAUAAUUACAAACACAUUCUUAAUUUAUUAUCUUCCACCAAACACACCACCUCCCCAAUUGACCAAAUUGUCUGUAACAUUUCUUGCUGGUGCACCAAUUUAUAAAAAGUAAAAUCAGCUUCAAUCCUUGAGGUUACCAACACUUUAAAAACAGAUACUACCACAUCAGUUAAAACUCCAUUCAUUUUGUUUUUCCUGCUUUUCAAAAUUGCCAUUUUUGCCUGGCCCAGUAGAUAGAUAGGUAGAUAGCGAGGGACAAUCUUAAAUCACAAAAAAUAUACACGGUUCUCAUGAACCUAAAUAUAUUUGCGUUCUGCAGUGCGACCAUGAGAAACCCACUUCAGCGCCGACAAGGAAAAAUAAAGAUCUGCCAGUGGGAAUAUAAAGCGCUCUAGCAUUUUCAUGCUGGAACUUCUAGGGCAUAGAAAGUAGGGCAUUCAAUACAUGUUACCGGUGGCACCAGAUCUAUCAGUGCACCAGAGUCCUGCUGUCACACACACAGGAAGAAGCAUGCCUGUUUAUUUGCGACGCGGAUGCAGUGGGAUAUUCCGGAAGCAGGCUUUCUCUUUCAUUAAUUAGUCCGCUUGGGUCAUUGCUCUACAGCAGUGGAAUGGGGCCAGCGAGAAUUUCUUAAACAUUCAAACUUCACUUCGUGUGCAGCUCUGGCCAGAAGUUUUGCAUCACCACCCCUGUAGAAUUCAUAGUCGAAGGAAAAGCUGCUGAACAGUGUUAGCAUAUUGAAUUACACACACCGCCACUUUGUGGUUUCUGGUACACUUCAAUGAA